AUGGGGCUGGCGGAGGUGGAUGCUAUCAACAUCCGCGCUUAUGGCGGCAAAGACUUUGAUGUUGGGGACCGAGUAGUACUUAGCAAGCUAGGUAUGGGCGCACCCGCAGCAUCGAACAAAGCGGCGUUGACAGUGACUGGACCCAGCAUGGCAGGAACGAUCGUCAGUAGGUCGAAAACCGCUGGUGGCAAUUCGUGGGACGUGGUGUCCGACGUCGGUCGUAAGGGCAGUUUUGCCGAGUCGCAACUGAUGCAUACUGGUCGCAACUUUGAUCGACAAGUCGGACCUAGGACAACUUUGCAGAUUGAUUCCGAAUACGUGUGGAAAAAACCUAAAGGUGGUGGCGGAGGUGGUAAUAGUAGCAUGUUUGGAUCCUUUCUUUCUGGUGGAGCUGGAGGUGGAAAACAUCAUGAUUUUGCAGUUGUUCUGAAGAAACUAGAGCCACCGAAUGGACAGCUUGUGACCGUGGAGUUGUUUGAUCCCGAGACCAAGGAUUGGCACGUGCACGAACAUGUUCCGAGGACGGAACUUCUUUUGUUAAGGCUGGCUUCUCCUAAUCCAUCUUCUGAAGCAUCCUGAAGCAGCUGUCCUAUGUAUAAGGGGAAAGAAGCAUCAGGAUGCGUCUCAAAAUUGAUUAGAAGGGUAAGCUCUAACAUUGCCGCCGGGGCUGACGUUUCAGAAUACAGGCAAGACUGUGGACAUUUGCCGGUCUCACAUAGCUCAUAGCUACUGCAUAACGAGUCGGGCUCUGUACAGGUACAUGCACGGGCACCCGACAGACAACGCGCACGCAGCGAUUGAACUGAAUUUUAUGGGUAGCAUGGAAUAACACUAUGCCAAAAGCGAACAUAGAAAAGUGUUUUUUUAGCCAAAGAACGCGCAUAAAGUUCAGGGAUCAGCUGGGCAGUAUUCGUCUCAAAGUGCGAAACUUUCACUCUGAGGCGAAUAAUUUACAAAAGAGCGCUAGAAGGUGAUCUAUCGACGCACUGAAUCUUCAGCUGAAAAAACAUAGUUAGACCGACCUAUCUUCCCCUCUUCUAAGCCUCGUCUCGCCACUACUGACCGGCGAACGGUACGAGGCCAAGGUUGGGGUGGUAGCAAUUGUGCCAGAUAUCUGCGGACGCAGCCUCCUUACGACCAUUUCCGCAUAGGCGAAGACGGCAAUUGGAAAGUGGAUGGUAACAUAACCUGGGACAACGUAGAGCCACAGCAUCCUUUGAGUGCAGAGACGCCGUUUUUGUAG